GGCGGGCUCUGCGGCCUCAGCGCUCUAACACAGUCGGGUCUUGGGGCUCCGAGCGAAGGGAGGCGGAGGGUGGGCCUGUGGUCACGUGACCCAGCCAGCUGUUAGCAGGGGGCCGGAGAGCCGGGAGUCUAGGGAACCCGAGCGUCGGCUAGUCGCCUGCGCUAUUGCCGCCGCAGCCCCUGAUGCGGACGCUGUAACCCGGCCUCCGCAGCGCCCCCAGCUCGGCAGUCCAGCAUCAGCAGCACCGCAGGAGCCGGCGGAGCUCGCUGCUUGGCAGGAUGUCUGGCGCUCCUCCAAGUUACUGUUUUGUGGCUUUGCCACCUCGAGCGAAGGAUGGCCUGGUGGUGUUCGGGAAAAAUUCGGCACGGCCCAGAGAUGAAGUACAGGAGGUUGUCUAUUUCCCGGCUGUCGACCAUGGAGCUGACAGCAAAGUUGAGUGCACUUACAUCUCAAUCGACCAAGUUCCCAGGACCCACGCCAUCGUGAUAAGCAGACCUGCCUGGCUCUGGGGGGCAGAAAUGGGAGCCAACGAACAUGGGGUAUGCAUAGCCAAUGAAGCCAUCAAUGCCAGAGAACCAGCUGCCGAGACGGAAGCCUUACUUGGGAUGGACCUGGUCAGGCUUGGCUUAGAACGAGGGACAACAGCUAAAGAAGCCUUAGACGUCAUUGUCUCCUUGUUGGAUGAACACGGACAAGGUGGGAACUAUUAUGAAGAUGCACACUCCUGUCAUAGCUUCCAAAGUGCUUAUCUGCUGGUGGAUCGAGAUGAAGCCUGGGUCCUGGAGACUGUAGGGAAGUAUUGGGCUGCCGAGAGAAUCACAGAGGGGGUGAGGUGCAUUUGCAAUCAACUUUCACUCACUACGAAGAUGGACGAGGAACACCCAGAACUCAGGACUUAUGCUCAGAGUCAAGGGUGGUGGAGCGGAGAGGAUGAAUUCAAUUUUGCCCAGGUGUUUUCUCCAGCCGAUGACCAUUUGAACUGCUGUGCAGGCAAAGACAGCUUAGAAAAGCAAGAAGAAAGCAUCACUGCGCAGACGAUGAUUGACAUCUUACGAGACAAAGCCAGUGGAGUCUGCAUAGACUCUGAGUCUUUCCUCACCACGGCCAGCAUCGUAUCUGUCCUGCCUCAGGACACGAGUUCACCGUGCAUCCACUACUUCACCGGGACCCCGGAUCCUUCCAGGUCCAUCUUCAAGCCUUUCAUCUUUGUUGAUGAUGUAAAACUCGUCCCCAAAGCACAGUCGCCCUGUUUUGGUGACGAUGACCCGGCCAAAAAGGAACCUCGGUUCCAGGAGAAGCCAGACCGCCGGCAUGAGCUGUACAAGGCUCAUGAGUGGGCUCGUGCUGUCAUCGAGAGUGACCAGGAGCAAGGCCGCAUGCUGAGGAAGACCAUGCUGGAGUUGGAGAAGCAAGGUUUGGAAGCCAUGGAAGAGAUCCUGAGCAGCCCUGAGCCCCUGGACCCCGCUGAGGUGGGGGACCUUUUUUAUGACUGUGUGGACACAGAGAUGAAGUUCUUUAAGUGACGUAAGCACCUUCACCCUUACUUAAAACUUCCCACCCAACUAAAUUACCAGCAGAUAAAUGCUCUUCUGUUCGAGUAAAAUGAGAGUUACCAUGUGGCCUCCUUGUGUCUAAAUGUUCCCUCUGUUCAGCUUAGCAACCCUGCCUUUGCUAUGUAACGCGAUCCCACUUGCCUCUUGCUCCAUUGUGUGAUAAGCUUUGGGCUUGAAGAUGUUCUUGUAUUUCAGUUACAAUGGGCACCUUAGCUUCUUAUGAAGAACUAGAGUUCCUGCGGCCUUGGACAGGGCUGCAGGGCCACACUGGUGGGAAAGCCAGGAGCUGUGAAGGUCCUGGUCCCUCUCUAGAUAGUGGUUUCUUCAAGGUUAACAAAAGGCUUCUGUUCACACCAAAGGCCCUUGUGUGAGUAGAUGGGGGAGAAACCUCAGCUUCUCUCCUGUGUGCAACUCAGAGCCCCACAGGUAUGUCCUGGGAAACAAAGCCAAUGGGAAAGAGCAGGGGACCCCUGGCUGCAGUCCCAGCCCUGCCCUAGUGUUCGCGCUGUCUGAAGGAACUGUGUUCUGUGAGCCAGUGCUCAUGCGCAGUGGACCAGACCUGCUUCUGCCUGCAGGAGAGGAGGGCAUCCAUGUUAGCUGGACCUCCCCACCUGGCGCUACACCCACCAGAAGACGGGACCCUGUUGUAGAAAUGACUUGGGAUUUGAUUGGCAGCAACUUGCAUAAGAUUCACCAAAUGGCCCUGGCAGAGUUCACACAACUGCAGAUCUCAGCCAAUGAAGGAAAGAAAGGGAUGUCUUGACUGCUGAGAGCGUAGCUAAUGUACCUGUGUUCCGAGCAGCCACUGUCUCAGCAGAGGCUGAAUUAAACUCAUUUGUUUCCAGAGUCAUCGUGUUUGCAAAAGGGAUUUGGCUCCACUGGAUUGUGUGAGGAAGGCAGGGACGGUGGGGCAACGAAGGCUGUGUGGAACAUUUGUCUACAGGACAGUCAGCCUUGCCCCGCCUGCUUAACUAGAUCCCACAAAUCGGUGUGCUGAGCGUCCGAGCUGCAGCAUCGCCCCACUUAGUUCUCAUGCCGCCAGCCCAGCGGCUGCCUCUGGGCUGCUGACUAGAAUGGGUCAGCCGUCAGGGUGCCUCUCCACUGCUGAAAGGGCCAAGGGGGUAAACAUGAGUGCCACGAGUAGAGAUAGGAGGAACAGCCAGUGGGGUGUGCUGCGGGGCCCAAUUAUGUGUCCUUAUUCUUGCCAGGGCUGAGCAAACAGAAACUGUCCAUCAGUGAGUGAGCUGAGGCAUGGCCUAGGGUCCCCAGAUUUAACUGCAGCAUCAUGGGCUGUGAGGGAUGUCAGGGAUCUGAGCCUUCAUUUCACAAUGUGAUGCAGGCCAUCCCUUCUGACUCUCACUUAAGAGAGUGAGAGCGUGUGUGUUGUGAGCCCUUUUCUUGACUGUUUUAUGAGUUCCACAUAUAAACAAAUGGCAAAGCGCAAGAGACAAGACAAAUUCAUGACAAACAAAUGGUGGCUUGCAGUUGUCAGGAGCUUUAAGCGGGCUGACACUGGCAUCUAUUGCCGAGGAACAGAGGGACACAGGUAGAGCAGUGCCCAGCAGAUGCAAAGGGUUAGAUCUGAGGGGAGAGUAGUUCCCUGUCCAGCCUCAUCUGCUCAGUUAUUUAAGCAAGGUGAUGCAGAAAAUCAUCCCAUGAUUUCCCUGUGUGGUCUCAUCUCCGUGUCUGAGAACUGCUCAUGAGAUCCGACCAGCCUGAGACAGCCAAGGCAAUUCAGGGUUUGAUGAGAAGUCUAGUAAAAGCAAAUGACCCAAUGACCUUCUUUCACUACUUUGGCCAAAGUUGUAGAUGGCUGUACCAACUUGAUGUCAUUACUUGGGUGUGCACUGGAAAACACAGCGGCUAUUUCUGUUAUUGGAUGGUUUGCCCUUAGUCCAGCAUCACAGAGAAAAGCCUAUCCCUUCUUUGGAGCAUCAUACAGCUCAACCAUAUUGCCCUGUUACCACUAGAGGGCACAGCAGCAUUUUGUGGGCAACCUGGCCUGGGCAUGGGGCCUGGGUUUCCCCCUCAGUCAGUGGAUAAGAGCUGAGAAUCCAAGCUCUGUUCUGGGAUGGGUGGAAACAGACAAAAGGCAAGUAGGGAAUCUGUCCAGAUGCCUGUAUGGACUUCAGUGACUUGAUCUAAAUUAACAGCAGAAAUGAUAGUGGAUUUUGAGUAGGCAGCUGCAGGAGAAUAUUUGUUUUAAAGUGCUUCUAAUGGAUAUCUCUCUGAAGAGAUGCUUUUUGCGUGGGUAAUAGCUUAACUGGGGGUCACUUUUCUUAACAACAUGGAGAAAGUGGAUAUUCAAGAUGAAAAAAACAAAAAAAAAAAAACAAAUGGAAUGUUUAAGAUCACUCUGCAAGUAACUUUCAGAAGACCACCCUAAGCCUUGAGGGUAGGGGAUCCCGAGCAAACUUUGUGCAGCAAGAAGUCAUGACCAUUAGGGACAGACUGCCUGCCCCACCUGUCCCGUAGAACCCAACAUAAGCUAACUAGUCUUGUCUGGAUGUGAAAAACAGCAUCACAGUGGGGGCAGACACUUGAGUGGCCAUGUUGUAAACUAGCUUGUAAUCAGUCUUGGGGAUGUCUGGAAGCUGUGGGAGAAUAAGGAUCUGAUCCAAGCUGUGGAGGCUCUGCCCAGCAGAAGAUCCAGUGUUUGUAGGAAUCAGCCUCAGAGAAUGAGGCAGGUAUGUGCCUAGUGGAACUCAGAGGUGACACUCCCUUACUGUCAGGUGAAUCAGUAGCUAUAAAAAAUAACUGUCAACCACACAAACUAAUGCCAUCUCACACUGAUACAGGUGACCAGGUGACGUCCCUCUGGAAGGCCCCCAGGGCAGGCAGGUGUGCAUGUCUUGAAAUCGUUGACUGCAUUCUUGUAUUGCAAGGAUCUCCAGCUGAGAGGUCGGCUCUGGGAGAAAACCCAGGGAGGUGCAGGGUGAACAUCCAGGCGCUCUCCUGUGCCUCCCUUAGCUGUGCUGUUCCAUUCCACAUGGUACCGAGUCCAGGCUCCUGUUCUGUGGUGUGUGUCAAAAUGGGUUUUAUUUGACUGAAGCCAACCAUCCUGGAAUAUCUCGCACAGAAUUCUUGUGGGAAUCAGUGAGUACGUGUAAUCAUGUUGCGAGAACUGAAAUACCAUAGCUGCAGCCAUAGAACAGAAAACCUUUGUUUCCUGUGGGAGGGAGACCAACUGAGGUCUUAACAGCCUUUUGUACAAGUAUCUACAAAUCAAAUUGUGUCCCUAUCUAGUGCUUGUUCUUGGGAGUGUCUUUCAAUGCACCAUGUGUACAAUAAAAACAUCAAAGCCAG